AUGCGCCGUCCAACCGCACUCGGCUUCUCCGCCAUGAGCGACCUGCUAUGGUAUUUCCAGCGUUCAACUACAUCACACUUCUGCCAGCUGAAGUACACCGAAUUCUUUAGCCUCUACUACCUGGAGACCCGGCCACUUGAUGAUCCCCUUGACCAAGAUCUGGUCCCCAUUACCACUGUGGACACUUAG